AUGAGUCAAGAAUCUGAGGUUCUUUCUUGCCAUUCAGUAAAAGAAUUCCUUAGUAUAAAAGAGUUUCCUAGUGUUCCUGAAAUACCAUCAAUUAAGCAUCGACAAUCUGAAUUUUUUCCUAAUUUUCAGUCUGCUGAAGGAAAUAUACCUAUUCAAUUCUUAUCUAAAAGGCCAUUUUCGUUUUAUCAAAUUCAAAAAAAAAACCAAAAUAAUAUAAAUUACUUAAAUAAAACUAUAGAAGAAAAUAAAGAAGACAAAGAACAAUCAUUUUUUUCAGUUUCUAUCUUAAAGAAUAUAGAAAAUAAUUUUUUAACAGAUCAAAAUAAAAAAUCCCAAGAUCAGCAAUUAAAAAACCAAAAUUUAACAGACAAAAUAAUGCAAGUAGAAGAAGGGAAGCUUAUUUCAUAUACCUUUGAUGAAGAAAAAAAGAACUUAAGUGAAACUAAAUAUUCAGAAACAUGUGAUGCAAUAAUGCUCAUCAAUUAUAUACAAAAAGAGUUUUCAACAUGGCUAAAAAACAUGGAAAAAAAUAAGCACGUUACUCCAAUUCCAGAAAGCCAGCAUGAUAUAGCAAGAUUUAAAUAUCGGCAAACACAUGAUUCAAGAAAGAUUAUUCGUUUACUUUCUCUUGUUCGAUUGCAGAUUUUGUCUCUUUAA